AUGGCUGGGGAUGGGGAUGAGGAUGGAUUGGAUCUGGAUGGAUUAGAUGGGGAUGGGAAUAGAUUGGAUGAGGAUGGGGAUGACUUGGAUGGGGAUGUGGAUAACGAUGGGAAAGGCGAUAGCUUAGCGUUCGCCACUGAACCUGUGUUCGCCAGUUUGGCGAAUGUGCUGGGAAAUCAUGAACGUCUGCCGGCAAAUAUAUCCACAGAGAUCAGGGACCAUGAAUUUAUAGAACUGGAGAUAAAGCAUGGCAUCGUUCAGAUCACAGAUGCCCUGUCGUACCUCCACAACACGGAAAACCUCAUCCACUGCAACAUCUGCCCGCAGUCCAUUCUGCUCACCAGGAAGGGGGGCUGGAAGCUCAUGGGCUUUGGCUUCGCUGUGAAGAUCAAGGAAGGGAAGGAAGGAUGUACCGGUCAGGCGUGGACGACCAAAAUCCCCAAGAUGGCGCAGCCGGAUCUGAACUUCAUGGCACCGGAAGUGCAGCUGAACAAAAAGUGCACGCCCCUCAGUGACAUGUUCUCUGUCGGGAUGGUCAUCUGUGCCAUUUACAACGAGGGCAAGUCUUUGAUCAACGCUGACCACAACCCUAACCUUUACGUCAAACAGUUAGACCAGUUAAAAUAUUUUAACGACCCGGUUGUGAUUAGCCUACACGGCAUGGACAUGUGUGACCGACGGGACGCCGCCCAACGAGUCGAGGCCUAUAGCAGCCUGUCGCAAGUUGUCCCCAAUAUACCCAGGAAAAUCCUCUAUACAUACGUGUUCCCUGAUAUACUGAACGAGUGCAAGUGUCCAGACUCCGUCAUCUUUGCCUUACCUACCCUCAUCACCAUCAUAGACUAUGCUACUAGGGCCGACUAUGUAGAUAUUAUAAUGCCAGAGUUUCGUGCUAUUCUGGCCAAUGCCAAGCCUGUCCAGGCCACUGUGUACAUACUGAAUAAACUGGACAUCAUUUUGUCUAAAUCACCGCUGGACGAAAUUAAGGGCGAGGUGCUACCAUUUGUCUUCAACACACUAGACUCAUCCUCGUUACAGGCACAGGAAGCGGCUCUUGUUGCCAUUGGCGACAUCAAAGAGUUCCUUGACGACAACAUCCUAAGGAAGGUCGUGCUCCCCAAGGCCAAGUCGCUCUUCUUCCGCUCAAGCAAUGUCAAGAUCCGCAUCAAUGCCCUGACCUGCAUUGACCACUUGCUGGACAGUCUAGACAAGAUGCUCAUACUGGACAACAUUCUACCUUUCCUGGCCAACAUUUCUGGUCAAGACCCGGAUGUUGUUAUGUGUGUCGUAGGCAUAUACAAGCAUAUGCUCAGUGACAAGAAGUUUGGUUUGACUCACAACUUGAUAGCCACCAAGGUCAUGCCAACCCUCAUCCCACACACGGUUAACCCAGGGUUGAACAUGGAGCAGUUUAGCUCACUGAUGGAAGUUCUGCGCGAGAUGUUGGAGCAGGUAGACAAGCAGAGACGGGACAAGAUGAAGCUGGAGACGGUCACGUUACCUGUACCCCCCAGAGGUUCGCUCAAGAUGGCGACGGCAGACAACGGAUCAGACGACAACCUGUCGACGUCACACCAAGCCAUUCUGUUGGAGAGUACGAGGUCACAACAGCUGCAGAAGACAAAAUCACCAGGUACCCCAGAAACACAACGCAACAAGAUCGGCUGCAGCCCUAAGACAGCCCGCAAGAACCAGAGCCUGCAAUCGUUAGGGAUGAGCUUGGAUGAAAAAUCUACUUUGGACAAACCCAUCGAGACCAUCCGACGUCACAGCCUCGUCCCGCCGUCGUCUGGCAGCUCGGCGUCGCCUAGCAACGGCCCGGCCUCCAGCAACAACCCCACCAUCUCCAUCACGACAGAUGACCUCAGUCCCGACCGGCCCCGGCGGCCCAGCACGCACAGUCUGGGGCCCUUUUCUUACUGA